CAGCCAUGGACGGAAGCCCUGUUGGGAGAGUAUCCCGAGACGAUCCCAUCCUCGAGCGCUCCUCGCCGAUCCUUUUUCAGUAGUCCCUCUGUGGUGGUGGGACACGUUCUGAAGCCACUUGGUAGGACGUCCACUCUGUUCCACCUCUUGAAAAAUCUCGCCGUCGCAGGUAUAGUGUGGCCAUUUCCAUGCAGAAACCUUCUAUCAACUUCAUUCAAGGUUACUGACCGAGGGAGUUGAGGUGGUUUACGGUGCUGUGACGUAGAUGUCUGUGUGGAGUCAUUGAUCACAGUGUACAGAAGUUCACGAUCUAGAAUUUGCAUUCUCGGAGGCUGUAUUGAUUUCGAAGACAAGCGCAUUUGGAGUUUGAGAAGUAGGAGAGGAUGGCAGCCAGGACGGCAGCAGCAGCAGCAGCAGCACUGGCUGUUCCAAGUACCUCUGUGCGGCUGUCUAGCGGGAGAGCACCUCGCGAUUCGUUUCGCUCUGGCGGCUGCGCACAAGUAGGCUCGAGAUCGUCCUCGCUUAGAGGAGCCGGGGUCGUUUGCCCUUCCAAUGUGACCAAGAUAACUCAGCGGACAAGGAAAGUCGUCGUAUCUCCCCGUAACGUAUCUGACUCGCCAGUGGUCGGUGAAACUUGCCUUGAUCCAGAUGCCAGCCGGAGUGUACUAGGAAUCAUUCUUGGUGGUGGAGCAGGAAGUCGACUUUAUCCAUUAACUAAGAAGCGUGCGAAGCCAGCCGUGCCACUGGGCGCCAACUACCGAUUGAUUGACAUUCCAGUUAGUAACUGCAUCAACAGCAACAUAAACAAGAUUUACGUGCUCACACAGUUCAAUUCCGCAUCUCUGAACAGACAUUUGUCCCGAGCUUACGCAAGCAAUAUGGGGGGAUACAAGAACGAAGGAUUCGUGGAAGUUUUAGCUGCCCAACAAAGUCCUGAGAAUCCCAAUUGGUUUCAGGGAACUGCUGAUGCAGUCAGGCAAUACCUCUGGCUCUUUGAAGAAGCUCAGGUUCUGGAGUACGUGAUUUUAGCCGGAGAUCACCUGUACCGUAUGGACUACCAACAUUUUAUCCAAAUUCACCGUGAGACGAACGCUGACAUAACUGUUGCUGCUUUGCCUAUGGAUGAAGCUCGUGCUACCGCUUUUGGAUUGAUGAAGAUUAAUGAUCAGGGACGGAUCAUUGAAUUUGCUGAAAAACCUAAGGGUGACGAGCUCAGAGCCAUGCAGGUGGACACGACAGUUUUGGGUUUGGAUGCUGAAAGAGCCAAAGAAAUGCCCUACAUUGCAAGUAUGGGUAUUUACGUAGUGAGUAAAGAGGCUAUGAUCUCCUUACUUCGUAAUGACUUCCCCGAAGCAAAUGAUUUUGGAAGCGAGGUUAUUCCUGGAGCCACGAAGAUGGGCAUGAAGGUUCAAGCUUAUUUGUACGAUGGCUACUGGGAAGAUAUUGGAACUAUUGAAGCAUUCUACAAUGCCAAUCUGGGCAUCACUAAGAAACCUGUUCCUGAUUUCAGUUUUUACGACAGGUCGUCUCCUAUUUACACACAGGCUCGAUUCCUUCCUCCAUCAAAAAUGUUGGACGCUGAUGUGACUGACAGUGUUAUUGGAGAAGGUUGCGUUAUCAAGAACGCAAGAAUUUUCCACUCAGUGGUUGGUCUACGAUCUUGGGUCUCGGAAGGUGCUGUCAUUGAGGACGCUCUACUCAUGGGAGCUGAUUACUACGAGACCGACAAGCAAAGAAAUGAGUUGUUAGCCACAGGUGGCAUUCCCAUGGGUAUUGGCAAAAAUUCAGUUGUGAAAAGAGCAAUUAUCGACAAGAAUGCACGAAUCGGAGAAAAUGUGAAGAUUGUGAAUAAGGACAGUGUGCAAGAAGCUGCUCGAGAAACAGAUGGUUAUUUCAUUAAGAGUGGGAUAGUGACAAUUAUUAAGGACGCGAUUAUUCCACAUGGAUCAAUUAUAUGAGAUUUGGCCCAGGGGCUGUGAGGUCAUAGGUAUUAGAGUGACAGCAGGGUAUAUAUUAACAGCAAGAUUGGAUCCAUUACAGCUGAUUGCUAAACCAAGGGUUUGAAUAAUGGGAUAUUCGACUAAGCAGCUUUUGACAUUGAAUUGAAAUUCUACGGUCAAGGUCUAUCGGGUCCAUAAAGGAAAAUAUCACACCUCCGGUGGUUGAUCUCUUCUACUAGUUGACCACGCAUCGUUAACCUUUCGACAUCUGAUGUUGCUGGUUUGUCAUGGGACCUUGUCCCUGUCUUCCACUGCAUCUUUCUUGUCCUUUAUCCAGCCCUAUCAGACCUCCCAUUAAUUUAGGAAAGUUCAUAAAUAGAUAGACCACUUGGGUUUCCAGUUCCUGUAAACAUGUGUUACAUUACUGCAGGUAGUUGCAUGCACAGUUUUGACGGAACUUUACAAAACAUCAGUUGAAGAAUGUAAUAUCAAUUUCACAUGCUCUGAGCUUAUAAAGCUUGGUGUUUACCAA